GCCGAUCCACAGAACACCUACCAGUUGGCCGAUGCUCCAUGGCGUUAACUCUAUGAACUCUAUGCUCCACGGUGCGUCCUCCAAGCGCCAAGAACUCUAGCCAAGGCAACGGUUUUAGAACUAGUUGAGCCAAAGCUCGUCUCCUUGUUGUCCCUUUGUCGACGUUCUGUUUCAUUGGUUUCAUCAGAGAAUAUCUACCACUUUGCCAUCACAACCAUAGAGUUUUCACAACCAUAGGUGCUCCGUGUCACAAUCUCCUUGUUCCGCGUACCUGCCUGUGCGGUCUCUCUCUGUGUGUGUGUAGGCGCUGCGCCGUGCUCCCCACCGGGCUGCAGAUAUUAGACGGUGCGUUCUUCUUCUUCUAACCACUACGACCACCAGUUUAGUGUGUAAUUGGUGUUACCUCUACCAUUUUUGUUGCUAGAUAGUUUACUGCAUUGAGCAGUCAUGGUGAAGAUCAAAGUUUAUUGUGAUAACGCCGUUCAGUUUCUCGUCGAGACUUCGCUGUGCACGCCGUUAGGUGCACUUGUGGAUGACCUCACAGAUAUAUACAACGGAGUUUUGGUUAUUCGUCAAGCCGCGGCGGAUAUUGAAGACUUCGCUAGACAGCUCGGCGCUCAUACCGAGGAACCGCAGGAUGAGUCCGCAACAUCACCACCAUCGGGGACAGCUGAUCCAGGCGGGACCAUUAUGAAAGUAACAGCGGAAGCAUUGGCGAGGGUGUCCAGUUCCCAGUUGGAAUCCGGAAAAUGUCUCACCAAGAACACAAUCAAGAGCACUAAAGAGAUGCUUAAGGCAACUUUAUGCGCCCUGGAGCUUCCUGAAGCUGUAGAAAAGGAGCGAAAAGCGUUGGUAGCAAGCGUUGACAAAGGGGAGAUUGAGAAACCUCUUUCCCGCAAUGAUGCUAAACUUUGGUGGGCGGGACGAGAACUUUGUCGUGGAAAUGAACUGCGUAAAUAUUUUGGAAACAACGAAAAAACGACAGUGACUGCCACGCUGUCCACUCAAGCGCCUGCAAGAAAUAAGUUCUCCGAAACUCAAUUUAAAGAGUACGUGCUUCAGCAAAUGAAGCAGAAUAAGGAGUUUGAAACUCUUGAGCCAGACGAUGAAACCGAGAAUUAUGAUAAAGAACAUUUGCGAAAGUCUGUGCAUGGUCUCGUGGAAAUAAAAUGGAAGCCAUAGCUGCGUACUCGGCUAAUCUUGA